GGACAGGCGGCGACCAGAAGGGGAGUGGUUGAAGUGGCCACGCUCCCGCUCCUUGUUCCCGGCGCCGCAGGGCAGCUUCUGCCGCUCGGACCCCGCAGGGACCAUCACUCGUUAGUGCGGAAGACUCGACGUGCCGUGCUCGGGCUGAGGCUCGGGGUUGUGGUGCUACGGUGAGGAUGUCUCGCCGCAGUCCCCGUCUGGCCGGCAACGGCUACUACCAGCCCCGCAACGACACCUCCAGCAGCAGCGGCAGCUCCGUCAAAUCCGGUGCUCCCUCUUACAAGGAGACUCCCAUCAAGUUGCACAAGAAAAGGUCAAACAGCAAGGGGCCGGGACCUGUGCCUGGCGUCAAACGUUCUCCGUCUAACAGUUCAGUCAACAGUCUGAGUAGCUACAUCAGCAACAUCAGCAACGUCAGCAACGCCUCCAAGCGCUCUCAGCACCUCGGCGGCAGCAGCGGCUGGCAGGAGCCCGUCGGUUUGGCGUACUCUGAAUCGUUCUCUCCCCUUGCCAAGCUGUGGGGCUGGAUCUCGCUGCUGUCUCCAGAAAAAGCUCUGCCCCUGGUGUACUGGUGGUUGGGCACAGCCUGGUACCAGUUAACAACGGCCAUCUCCUUGAUCGAUGUCUUUACUCUGUCCAGGUGUGUCCCUCACGUGAAGAAGUGGAUGCUGCUGGUGUUGCUGGCAUUACUGGGUAAGGACCUGCUCCAUUUCACAUCUCACUUCAUUGCAGGACAAUAUGAAGAGAAAAUCUUCACUGAGGGUUCGAGCAGUUGA